AUGAAGCUAACCACUGCUUCCCUCUUCUCUCUAUUGACUGCUCUGACACACUCUGCCGCCAUUGAGCGUCGCCAGCAGGGUGAUGGACCGAGUGGCGGUGCCGAUGCGACUCAGGGCGACCUCGGCGAGCGACCACCGCCACGCUUCCCCUUCCCCAUCACGAAGUUCCCAGUUGCCAAUGAGACCGUCGUUUUCACCUCAGCCAUGUACAUUCUUCCCGGUCAAGUCUUUGACGGUGGAAUGAAGCGCUACGAGCGUGUUGAGGGCAGUUGCAGCGAGCAGGCCGAGGGCACUGACGCCGAUGCCGUCUUCAACCUCCUUCCUGGUUCCACCAUCCGCAACGUCAUCAUUGGCAAGCAUCAGUCUGAGGGGAUCCAUGCUCUAGGCGACGCCUGGGUCGAGAACGGUAAUAUGACAUUCCUGCCUUACAAAGCUGCCAAUUAA